UGCUACUGCGCUUGCGGGAAUGAGCCUGAAAGCUCUUAGGGCAGCUGCGAGAUCUGAUUGCCAGGGGGCAAAUGAGAUCAUCAAAGAGAGCCGUCAACCAUCUGAGUCAGCUGGAGAGGCGGAAGGGGAGGAAGCUGGGGAGGUGCUCCCCACCUGCGCUGGGGCUGGCAGUGCCUUCAGCUCCAGCGCCCAACUUCUCUCGGGCUCAGGAGAAGCCCCAGUGCCGCCCGGGAAGCCGCGGCCUUGGCAGCACUGAGAUUCCUGCAGAGCCAGCACCACGUUCGUCAUCCUGCCAGGUACUUCCUGGUUUCAGUGGUGUGUCAUGUUUACCACAGCCAGCCGGCCAAAGUAAACCACCCGAAGCUGCAAAGGAAAAAGCCACCCGGCCGCACGGCGAAGCUGCUCCCCGGCCUCUGAGCGCCGUAGCCCUCUCAGACGAGGCGCUGGCUUGCCGUUCCCAGCGGACAGGCUUGCGAGGAAUCGCCCUGAGACAAACCUGCCCCUGUACACAGCCACGGGCAGAAAGCUCAGGCAGGUGCAAACCUCAUGAUGAGUUCAGCAUUGGAAGAAUAUCACCUGAAUUGAUAUAAGUUCGAACAUGAAUACCCGAAGCCCUGCAAGUCAGAUUAAAGCACAGGCACCAGCAGUACAUGCCAAGGCUCUGCUUCCAGGACCAUGAAAGGAUGCCAAGCCGUUCUGCUUUCAAUUACACAAGUAUUAUACCUCCUGCUCCAAAGACUGCAAACACAGAUCUGACCAUUUUUCCUUGCCAUCCGUUUCCAGGGGGGCUUAAGAGCAGAGUGCUGGGCUGGCACCACUGCGGCCGAGCCGACACACCAACACAUCCCAGUUACCAAGGAUAUGAAGUGACUGCUUGGAUCCCAGAGUACAUGAUCAGCACGCGAGGAGGCUGAAACACAGGGUGCAGUACACAAGCAAAAUGUUCAACCAAAUGAAAUACAAAUCUAGAACAACACACAAUUGGCAAGUGUGGGCUAUCUACAUGAUCUUCGCUGCAAACCUCUCUGAAGAGCAAGUGCUGAAGCAGGCUUGUCCUUCAUGCGGUGCCACUGAGGUUUGCAACUGCUCUGCCAGGGGCUUGGACUUCAUUCCCCCAGGGCUCACGGGCAAAAUCACAGUGUUAAACCUGGCCCACAACAGGAUAAAGCACAUCCAGUCCCAGGACCUGCAGCAGGCUGUGAACCUGAGAGCCCUGCUGCUGCAGUCCAACAACAUCAGCUCCAUAGAUGCGGACUCGUUUCGCUCCCUCGGGAAACUGGAGCUCUUGGACUUGUCAAAUAACAGCUUGGCUUACUUGUACCCUGCGUGGUUUGGGCAGCUUUUUUCACUCCAGCACCUCCACCUUCAAGGGAAUUCCUACAGAGACCUGGGGGAAAGCUCCCCCUUCUCUAGCCUGAGAAACCUCAGCUCUCUCCACCUGGGCAACCCCUGGUUCUCCACGAUAAGGCAAGGGAACUUUGAGGGCAUUGCGCUUCUCGACAAACUGUGGAUUGAUGGUGGCAACCUCAGUCAGUACGAGCCAGGAAGUUUGAAAUCGUUUAAGAAGAUAAAUCACAUGAUCAUAAACAUAAGAAAUACUAAUGUAUUCUCAGCGAUUAUCAGGGACCUUCUCCACUCUGUUGCUUGGUUAGAAGUGAGAGACAUUAGAUUAGAGAUUGAAAAAGAAACCUUGGUGCAGAAUGCUACGCUUCCUUUUAGGAUACAAAAACUUACAUUUAGAGAUGCUUCAUUCACAGAUCAAUACAUGAGCCGAAUACUAGUAUUACUGAAGGACAUCACAUCUUUAGUAGAGUUAGAGGCAAUUGAUUGUGUGCUUGAUGGGAAAGGAGAAUGGGAUAUCAAAGAAAUCACAAGGAGUGGGAAAAGUUUUGUUGAAACUGUAUCAUUAAAAAAUAUAGUAAUUCAGAAUUUUCAUUUGUUUUUUGACCUGGAAGGCAUGGAGUCACAAAUAAACCAACUAAAAAGACUCACCAUUGCAAGUUCCAGAGUUUUCAUGGUAGCAUGCAAACUUGCAAGGCAUUUUUCAUCACUUCUGUAUCUAGACUUCAGUGACAAUUUGCUUGUAAAUAAUCGUUUAAAAGAGACAAUCUGUGAAGGUGCUUGGCCCUCAUUGCAAACUUUAAAUCUAAGUGAAAACUCUCUAAAAUCUCUGAAAAACACUGCAAAUUCUGUAACUCGUCUACCCAAACUGAUUAAUCUUGACAUUAGUCAAAAUAAUUUUGGUGAGAUGCCAGACGUAUGUGAAUGGCCAGAAAACCUGAAAUAUUUGAAUCUCUCCAGCACUCAAAUAUCUGAGGUCACCGCUUGCAUUCCCCCAACGCUGGAAGUUCUGGACGUUAGCGCUAACAACCUGAGGAGGUUUGAACUGCAACUGCCUUUUCUCAAAGAGCUGUACCUCACCAAAAACCAGCUGAAGACCUUGCCUGGUGCCAUAUCCAUUCCGAACAUAGUGGUUAUGUCAGUCAGAGGAAACAAGCUCAACGGUUUGUCCAAGGAAGAGUUUGUGUCCUUCAAGAAAAUGGAGCUGCUGGAUGCCAGCGACAACAGCUUCAUCUGUUCCUGUGAAUUCCUCUCCUUCAUCCACCACCAGGCCGAGAUAGCCCAGGUGCUGGUGGGGUGGCCGGAUGAGUACAUCUGUGACUCUCCGCUGGCGGUGAGAGGGGCACAGGUUGGAGCUGUGCACCUCUCCCUGAUGGAGUGCCACAGGUCCCUUGUGGUGUCGUUGAUCUGCGCCGUGGUCUUCCUGGUCAUCCUCGUGCUCGUGGCUGUGGGCUACAAGUACCACGCGGUCUGGUACCUGCGAAUGACCUGGGCAUGGCUCCAAGCCAAGCGGAAGCCCAAGCGAGCCCCGCCAAAGGACAUCUGCUACGACGCUUUUGUCUCCUACAGCGAGAAUGACUCCGACUGGGUGGAAAACAUCAUGGUGCGGGAGCUGGAGCAGGCCUGCCCCCCGUUCCGGCUCUGCCUUCAUAAGCGGGACUUUGUGCCCGGGAAGUGGAUUGUGGACAACAUCAUUGACUCCAUCGAGAAGAGCCACAAGACGCUCUUUGUGCUGUCCGAGCACUUUGUGCAGAGCGAGUGGUGCAAAUACGAGCUGGACUUCUCGCACUUCCGCCUCUUUGACGAGAACAACGAUGCGGCGAUUCUCGUCCUCCUGGAGCCCAUCCAGAGCAAAGCAAUUCCCAGGAGGUUCUGCAAGCUGCGCAAGAUCAUGAACACAAAGACCUACCUGGAAUGGCCUCUUGAAGAAGAUCGGCAGGAGAUGUUUUGGGAAAACUUGAAAGGAGCCUUGAAGUCGUAAAGCAAGUCAGCAGUACCCAUUUCAGCAUAUUUCCAAAGGAUCUAUGUCAGUGUUUGCUUAUGCUAAGCGUUUUUUCUUUCUUAUUAUUCUGCCUAAGGAGAACUGGCUUUGUUGUGUAUAGAAAUAAUUGUCAUCUUACUAAAUGUGAAAACCCACUUCAGGCUUUCCCAUGAUUUGAUACUCUGAUCUUUCAGAACCCCUGCCAAUAACUAUGAUAUUUGAAAGCCAUGUUGGGUUUCAUAUACUUAUCUAAAUUCAUUUAGCUGUAUGUAGGGCAUUUCUGUACUUUUUCCUCCUGUUACCACAUCCCCAGCUAGUUGUUAAUGAUGCGAUUGUAAUUUAGAAAUGAAAAUAAAAGCCAAGUACUUCAAUA